AUUAACGCCCAAUUCAUGGCAAAAACCGAUGAUUCGGUUGAUCGCAAUUCAUUUGAUUCUUUCAUUUCGAUGAUCAUGUUUGGACAAAUUUAUCGGAAAAUUUUCUCUUCAAAAAAACAAUCGCGAACAUCUUCGACAAAGAAAAAGAAACGAAAAACAAAAUCAUCAAGGAAAUCCAGUUCAUCAUUGAUGAAAGAAUCUGGUCAUAGACCAUCAAAUCAUCAUAAUGAUGAUUCGAUGAAAUCCGUCAACAUUACCAAAAUGAAACGAUCAUCAUCAUCAUCCAUACCAUCGGCAAAUAAAAGUCGCCAUCAUUCAAAUGAUAAUGAUCAUUCAAAAAAACAUUCGCGACGAACAAAUUCAUUAUCCAAAAAUGAUGAUAAAUCUAAAAAUGGAACAUCAAAAAUCUAUGAUGACAAUAAUAGUCGAAUGGUUAAACAUAAUAUGUCCAAUUGGUUGGUAAAUGUUAGUCAUUCACAUCAUCAUAAUAAUGACUUGAUAGCCAAACAAAACAACAACAAUAAUAAUCAAGCAAUUGCUUCAUUGAAAAAUGAAAAUCAUCAAGAUAAUAGUGGUCGUAGUGGUCACAUUCCAACCAAAUUACCAUUUCGAAUAAUGUCGAAUAAUUCUGGUCCUCAAUAUCAACAAUUUGUUCGACCAUUCGGCCAUGUCAAUACAAAGCCAUUGAUUCAAUCUAGCCGCCCUUAUAUACCAUCAUUAUUACAAUGGCCUAGUAGUACUAAUAGAUCCGGUCUGAUGAUGAUGGAAAAAUCACAUCAUUUUCAAACAUCAAACAUUCCAUAUCGAUCAUUGGGUGGUGAACGUGUUGGUUGGGAAUAUCAUGAUAUAACAUUAUCUCGUGUACCUGUUUAUGGUUUUGGUAUUGCUGUUAGUGGUGGUCGUGAUAAUCCACAUUUUAUGAAUGGUGAUCCAUCAAUUGCUAUUUCGGAUGUAUUGAAAGCUGGUCCAGCCGAAGGAAAAUUAUUGGUCAAUGAUAGAGUGAUCAGUGCAAAUGGAAUAUCAUUGGAAAAUGUUGAUUAUAGCCAAGCAAUUCAUGUAUUACGUGAAUGUGGUAAUACUGUCAAUUUAUUAAUCAAACGACGAGCAUUAAUUUCAACAACAGGAAAUUCUAAUAAUUUUACACAACAACAACAACAUCAAACACUUUCCAUUAAUGAUGGUAAUAAUAAUAAUCUGAUUAAAAUUACAUUAAGUAAAAAUAGUAAAAAAGAAGAUUUGGGUAUUGUGCUUGGUUGUAAAAUUUUUGUCAAAGAAAUUGUUAAUCGAAAUUUAAUCGUCAAUAAUAGCGAUACUAAAGAAAAUCAUUUACAAGAAGGAGAUAUUAUUCAAAAGAUUAACAAUACGAAUGUUGAAAAUUUAUCAUUGAAAGAAGCAAAAAAAUUACUUGAUAAUUGUAAAGAUAAAUUAACAUUGAUUGUUUGCCGUGAUUUAUUGAAUCAGAAUUUUUCAAAUGAAAAUGGUAACUAUAUCAAUGGUCAUAGUCGAAGUAAUAGUGCCAUUUCAAAUCAACUUUUUCGUCAACAACAACAACAUCAACAUCAACAGCCAUCAUUAAAAUGGCCAUCAUCAAAUGGAUAUGAAUCAUCGAUACAAUCACCGUUACCCAAUACAUCAACAAAUAUCAAUGAUUCGAUGACAGCCAUUAAUGAUAAUGUUAAUCAUGGACCACCUUCAUUCACAUCAUCCAGUAUAGCCACAAUGGCUAAUAGUCGUGCCACUAAUGGUUGGAGUAAUCAAAAUCUUUAUGUUCAACCACCAACCCGUAUGAAUGAUUCAUCAUUGAUGAAUGGUAAUGAUCAAACAACUAGACUAAAUGGUCAUUGUGAGCAAUUAGCAUCAACAAGCCAUAAUGGAAAUACAUCGGAAACAACCGUAUCACCAUCAGCCAAAUUAUCUCAUCGUCCUCUUCCACAGAAACCAAGUACUUCUUCUGUUUCGGCUGUAUGUUCAUCAUCAUCAUCAAUACAAUUAGGUGAAUCUACUACAAUUGAAUCAACAAAUGGAAAUAUGAUGGUAAAAACUAAUGAAAGUUCAAAUCCCGAAACGAUUGUCGAUCAGGAAAUGAAUUUGUCACCGAAAACAACAAACGAUGAAAUUCGAUAUAUUGCCUUUCAAAAAGAAGGUAGUGUUGGUAUACGAUUGACCGGAGGUAAUGAAGUUGGAAUUUUUGUUACUGCAGUUCAACCUGGUAGUCCGGCAUAUCAACAAGGAUUACAGGUUGCGGAUAAAAUUCUAAAAGCCAAUAAUGUUGAUAUGAAAGAUUUUACACGCGAAGAAGCUGUAUUGUAUUUGUUACGAAUCAAAGAUCGAAUCGAACUUUAUGUUCAAAACUGUAAAGAAGAAUAUGAAAAUAUUGUGGCCAAACAACAAGGUGAUUCAUUCCAUAUUCGUGUUCAUUUCAAUUAUGAUAGUGAAGGUAAAGGUGAACUUAGUUUUCAUGAUGGUGAUGUUUUUCAUGUUGUUGAUACAUUAUUCAAUGGUGUGGUUGGUUCAUGGUUUGUUUAUCGACUUGGUCGUAAUAAUCAGGAAAUUCAAAAAGGUUCGAUACCGAAUAAAAGUCGUGCCGAUGAAUUGGCCACCGAACAACGAUUGGAAAAUCGUUCGAAAAAAUCUAAUUCAGGUGCGGAUGAUUUAGGCCUCACUGAAACUGUCAGUAGUCGAAGAAGUAAUUUUUUUAAACGUCGUCGUAGUGCACGAAGAUCGAAAUCACUUUGUCGCGAUAAUUGGGAAGAUAUUCUGUUUGGUGAUGGUAAUUCGAAAUUUGAAGCAUAUGAACGUGUUACACUUAGACAUCCUGGAUUUGUACGACCGGUAAUAUUUUUUGGUCCAUUAGCCGAUAUUGCUCGUGAAAAACUUCUACGAGAUUAUCCGGAUAAAUUUGAAUGUCCACAAUCAAUGAUGAAUGGUUCGAAAUCAGAACAAGUGGUGAAAAAUUCAAAAUUGUCAAACAAUUCGGGAAUCUUUCGAUUAUCGGCAAUCAAAGAGAUUAUUGAACGUGGAAAACAUGCACUGUUGGAUAUAACUCCAUCCGCUGUUGAUCGAUUGAAUUAUGCACAAUUCUAUCCAAUAGUUAUAUUUAUGCGUGUCGAAAAUAAAUCAAUUGUCAAAGAAUUACGAAAUCGUUCGUCGACCAAAAAUACUGUACAUCGAAGUUCAAGAAAAUUAUUUGAACAAUCAAUUAAAUUGGAAAAACUAUGGCAUCAUGUUUUUACCACUUCAAUUACAUUGACAAGUGGUGGUGGUGAUUUAUGGUAUAAAAAACUUCGUGAAAUCAUUGACAAACAACAAACACAAACUGUAUGGAUGUCAGCAUUCAAACCUGAUGAAUCAAUAUCGGAUGAUUUUCUAUUUCCAAUGAAUUCAAUUUCUCGUCUAAGUUAUGCAUCAUCACCGGAAAGUGAUCUGGAUAUCUCAAUCAAUGAUGGCAAAACAGAUGAUGAUGAUGAUGAAGAUGGCAAUAAAAAAGAUGAAGAUGAUGGUUUCUCGACUUCGAUUACUGGAAAUCGAUUAGCAAAAGCUUCGAGUGAUCCAAGUUUAGCCAAAAUAGACACAACAGAAACAUUGGUUUCUCGAACAAACGUUGACGAGCCAAAAUCAUCAACAGUAAAUCAAUCAACAAUGGACAAUCAUAAUGAUCAACAAUCCUCAUCACCAAGCAACAACAAACAGAUUCCUUUACAUUUAUUGCUUAAAAAAGAAUUGACCAAAAAUAAUUCAUUUCAAAAACGUAUGGAACAACAACAAACCGAUAAUAUUCCUAUUACAGAAUAUCCAACAUUGAAACUUGGUGAUACUCCAUCAUCAUCAUCAAUGAAUCGAGCUACAGUUGAUGAAUCUCCUUUACCGCCUCCGCCACUUCCACCUCCUUUGUCACAACCGGCUAAUUCUGUAAAACUUGCAGCUGUCGAAAUUCCUCCACGAAUUGAUCGAAAUUCUAAACCAUCACGAUUUCGAUCAGCCCAUGAACGAUUAUUUGGCUCGUCCAAUGGUUCGAAAUUUCCUACAAUCACUUCUACAACGCAAGUUGCUGCACCACCACCACCACGACCAAUAACAUCGAUUCAUAGCCAUAGUAACAGCGUACAUCAAUAUCAAACUGAUGAUUCGGAUUACAUCAACACUACCGUUUUUGAAUAUGCUACGGAAAAACAAUCAGUCGAUCAACAUGUAAUAGUACCUCGUACAACCAAUGGAUCAAUUACAAAUGAUUCACACAAAUUCAAUCGUAGUAUGCCGGUACCACCAAAACCAGAUAGUCUGGAACGAACGAAAAAAGUGCCACCACUACCUAUUCAAAACGGUAAAACUGAAUAUCUUCAAAGUGCUGCUACAAAAACACCACCUUCACCGCCGCCAAAACCAAAACUAAACAAUCAUUCAUUGUCAUAUCAAAUGAAUGCAAUGACUUUGAAUGACAACAAUCGACAGCAAUCAUAUGUAAUGUAUGAUAGAAAUCAUCCACAAGGAUAUGGUGAUUAUGACAAUAUGCCAUCACUUUAUCCACCAUUAAAAGUGCCACCAAAAAGAGUUAUGAAUACGAUGACGGCAAAUCCGAUGGAAAUAUCAAAUGGACCUCCCGGAUAUUAUCAAUCAUUACCGCAAUCGUCUUAUCAUCAUCAUCAUGGCUAUCAAACAUCGAAAGAUCAUGCCAUUCAUCAACGAUAUUCAUCGCAUGCUGAAACAAUAUCGAAUUUUAUUAAUGGUACGACCACCUAUCAUAAUAACAAUAACAACAAUGAUUUUACUAUCAAAGAUCGAAACGCUUAUAUUGAUUCGAUGCAAGGAGUUAAAGCAACCAAAGUGCCUGUUCAUAUGGAUCCCAGUGCCAAUCACUAUAACCAUUCUCAACCAAAUUAUGAUAAUCUUUGUUAUCCUUCCUCGUCUGGUCUGUAUAUGAAUUCAGGGGCAAAUUAUAUGCCACCACCACCACCUCCGCCGCCGCUACCACAGCAAUCGAAUGAUAAUACAUAUCUGAAUUUUCCAUUCAAUGUUUCUCGGUCAACAUUGGAUGGUAAUGCAGUUGGCGGCUAUGAUUUGCAUCAUCAUGGAUUGAUGAAUGAUAUGAAUGGUCAAAAUGGAUCACCGUUACCACCACCACCACCAUUACCAACAUAUUCUCGUAGCAAUAAUCCGACACCAAAUAUUGUACAGCCAAUUGCACAACAAGCCAGACAAUCUGGUAUUUAUUUGGAUCUAUCAUCGAAUCGUGAAAAUCGUGGCAGUGCAUUCGAACUAUAUCAACGAAAACCAUUGGAAACAUCUUCGGCACGAAUAUCUACUACACCCGGCUCGCCAAUGUUUCAUGGUCUACCUCCACCUCCACCAUUAUUGCCAGUGAAUGACUUCAAUCAAACAAACAUGUAUACGAACAUUGAUGAAAUUCAAUCAUCACAAAUAUCGAUUAAUAAAAAUGGUAAAUCAAUUGGUCAAUCAUCAUCGAAUGUUAUUGCAACAGCACGUGGUAUAUUUGGAUGUGAAGGUGGUUCAUUAGUGUCCGCUGAAACAGGUGUUAGUAUAAUAAUACCACCAUAUGCUAUACCGGAAGGUAUUACACAGGAAAUUUAUUUUAAAGUUUGUGAAGAUAAUAAAUUGGCACCACCACUUGAUCGUAAUUUGGGUGAAACUUUACUCAGUCCAACUGUGAUGUGUGGUCCACAUGGAUUACGUUUUAACAUUCCAAUCGAACUUCGUCUACCACAUUGUGCUAUUGUUAAUCCAGAAAGUUGGUCAUUUGCGCUUAAAUCCAGUGAUAUCAAUAACGGCGAACCAACUGGCUGGCGAAAUAUUUCGUUGAACAACGAUGAAGGCGAUCGAAUUAAUGGUAACAAUUUCAAUGAACAAUUUGUCUCUGUUUUGGUUGAUCAUUUUUAAUCAAUUUGAAAUGGCAUUAUUAUUAUCAUAUAUAUGAAUAC